UUUCAUAGUUUCUUGCGGAUAAUAUAAUAUAAAAUUAUAUCUAUAUAUAUUAAAUAAUAUGGAAGCAAAAGACGUGUGUGUGGAAAUAGAAAAUGAUACUUUUUACAGCAAAUUCCUGGACGACAGCGUAAAACCUGUAUCAGGCGAAAAUCUGUCUGUUACCGACCAAGUCAAUAAACUAGCAUUAGGAAUCGAAAAACUAGGGAGAAGUCUUGAAAAACAAGUACUAGCGAAACACAAUGAUCUUUUAACUCAGGCAAGUCAUAUUACUGACUUGGAAACCACUUUAGAAUCAGUACAAUCGCAGGUUCAAAGUUUGUUGCGUGGUGCCGAAAAACUAAAAGAACGUGUAAACACACCUUAUCAGGCUUUAGAGAAUCAAACAUUAAUGUUGGAAAGAGUUCAAAUCACCUGCAAUUUACUAAGGCAGACCUCUAAAAUCAUCACGUUGUGGAACAAAUUGAUAAACAUAAAAGACAACCCAGCAAAGGAAGCAAUCGUACUUUUCGAACUUAAUGAGUUAAUAAACGACUAUAAUUUCGAAGGUAUCGUUUUACUAGACGAAAUUUUAAAGGAAGUAGAUAAUAAAAGGAAGGAAUUAUUAAGCAAUGCUACUGUAUCACUACAGACUAGUUUGCUAAGUGGUGAUAAAAGUAAAUUGCUGCAAUGCUUCAAAGUGUUUCAUAAUUUGCAAUGUACCGAUGAACAGAUUCGCAACACUGUUGACAACAUAUUAAGUGAAUUGAAAAAAGGAAUUGGUAAUGCUUUGAAUGUGAAAGCAGAAGGACAUUUUGAAGUAAAAAGGUCUGGCUCUGCUAAGGUCACACCAGGUAAAGCCAAUAUGAUGAGCUCGUUAGAUUUUAAAAUAAUACUUUGGGACAAUAUUGAGAAACUGUUCAAAGAAGAGAUAUAUAAUUGCUGUGCAAAAGUGAUCAUGUUGCAGAAUGUAGUAAAUGAACUCCAUGCCAUUGGGAAUUUUAGAAACAUAGCCAAGAACUUUUGGUCUAACCUUUUACAAAUAUUUAGCACACAGCUAGAAAAAAGCUCCUUGUCUGUCAAUCAGUCUAUUGAGAUAGAUUUUCCAAAGUUACUAAAAUGCUUCAAUGAUUUACAUUUAAAAUUGAAAUGCAAAGAUUUGGAAAUGAAUCGCUCAUGCUUAUCCAAAUGGGAGAAUUCAUUCCUUUCAAAAUCUCUCGGUAAACUGUUAGAGCCUGUUAGGAGCAUGUGGUACUUGAACCAAGUACCUACUAUGGACCAAAUAGAUAAUGCCAUUAGAGUGAUAACUGAAGCACUCAGUAUAUCCCUAGGUGAUAAACAGUUAAGCAUAAGCUUAGCUAAUAGUGUUGCAAAAUCUAUAAAGCAGAUGAAUAUGGAAGCAGAGCAGAGACUGUCAAUGGAUAGUGAUGUUGCCCAAAUAAUAGAAUCACCAACCAGCUCACAGCAAAAGAAUGCAGAACUGUGCAAUGCUAUGUACUACUUCUCGUCUCAAAUAAAAAGGGUCCUCAUAAACAUGAAUGCAAUGUUACCUGCUGAAAGUAUACAAAUUGUGCAAAAUAGCUUGAAAGAUAUAUCCAGUUUACCUGUCCUACAAUUGUAUGCGGAAUCUAUAAAAAACUCACUUUAUAUCAUCCUUAUGACCAUGCAUGAGGAGCCAGACUUGACUAGAGCUGAUGAUCCAACUGGAAAGUCACUUUCAUGCUCACCUUACAUGAAAGAACUGCAACAAUUUGUGUCACGUUGCAAAGAUAUAUACUUGUCUAUGUUCCGUGAGAAGCCAGCACUGACCGAAUGUUGUAACAAUAUUGCUGUAGUCUGCAUCGAGAGAUUCAUACAACAUGUGUGCAAUGUUAGGCCACUAAGUAAAUUUGGGAGAGUGAAAUUACAAAUAGACUGUAAACAUUUAGAAACAGCCUUAUCACCGUUAGUGAGUGAUUUCACAGAACUGUCAGACUAUUAUAGGCAAUUGAAAGCAUUGUACUUAAUAUUGGAGAAAAACCCUCAUGAUAUUGCCAAGAGCCAAUCCGAGGGUGCUUGCUUACCAUACUCGCUGGUUAUGAUGUAUUUGUUUUCUCAUGCUGGCCCACAGUUGAUGGCACCCCACACAUGUGCUGGAUGGAACAUACAGAGGCUGGUACAGUGGUUGGAGACUCACAGGAACGAGAGGGAGAGAAUAGAGUUUGUUGCUGGUGCAUUGCAGCGGUAUCAGAACCACGUCAGAGAUAACCAAAUCACAACAUAUGAUGAAGUUUAUCCAGUUUUAUUGCAAUUACUUGAAGACGGCAGAAAGUCACUAAAGAAAUAGAAUUUCUUCAAUAGUUUUUAAGGGAAUUUAUAUAUAAAGUAAUAUAUAAUAAGUUAUAAAUAAA